GCUGAGGGAGGCUGGGGCUCCUCUGCCCCACAAAAACCCUCCAAGAGGAUCCAGUGCGGGUGGCAGGGAGAAACCAGGCCAGCGGCACGGCUCUGGAUGGUGGUGAUGUGCUCACAUCUCACUUUGUUGUCUCCUGAUCAAAGCCACGCAGAUGGAUUUGUUCUGGUAACUUUCUGUAGUGUUGAGGUUCAGACAAACCUUUGACAAGAUGUUGGGAUUUCUGAAGGAGCCAGUUGUGGUCACUGCAAAGAUCAAUGUGAGCCUUGUGGCACUGACUGUGAUGGGAUUAAUAAGUCGUCUCUGGGGGCUUUGCUAUCCACGGGCUGUGGUUUUUGAUGAAGUCUAUUAUGGCCAGUUCGUUUCACUCUACAUGAAGAGGAUCUUCUUUGUGGAUGACAGUGGCCCACCCUUUGGCCACAUGCUGCUGGCCUUGGGAGGUUACUUAGGAGGAUUUGAUGGAAACUUCCUAUGGAACAGGAUUGGAGCUGAAUACAGCAUGAAUGUUCCUGUGUGGUCCCUGCGACUCCUGCCAGCCCUGGCUGGUGCUUUCUGUGUGCCUUUAGCCUACCAGAUUUUGGUUGAACUGCACUUCUCUCACUGUGCUGCACUUGGAGCUGCUCUUCUGAUUCUCUUAGAAAACUCUCUCAUCACUCAAUCGAGGUUCAUGCUUCUGGAGUCAAUACUGAUUUUUUUUAUCCUGCUUGCAGUUUUGUCCUACCUGAAGUUCUACAAUUUGCAAAAGCACAGUGCCUUCUCUGGAAGCUGGUGGUUUUGGCUCCUGCUGACUGGAGUAGCCUGUUCUUGCGCAGUUGGUGUGAAAUAUAUGGGCCUGUUUACCUAUAUGCUGCUCUUGGCCACUGCAGGACUCCACUUCUGGCACAUGAUAGGAGACCAGAACUUGUCAAAUGUUUCCUUGCUGUGCCAUUUUCUAGCCCGGGGUCUGGCCCUUGUCAUCAUCCCCAUGGGGCUGUACCUGUCCUUCUUCUAUGUUCACUUGGCUUUGCUGUAUCGCUCUGGGCCUCACGACCAGAUCAUGACAAGUGCUUUCCAAGCCAGCUUAGAGGGUGGGCUGGCCCGAAUCACUCAGGGUCAGCCCUUAGAGGUGGCCUACGGCUCUCAGAUCACCCUGCGGAACGUGCUGGGCAAGCCCAUGCAGUGCUGGCUCCACUCUCACACCAACACUUACCCCAUCAGGUAUGAGAAUGGCCGAGGCAGUUCCCAUCAGCAGCAAGUGACCUGCUAUCCCUUCAAGGAUGUGAACAACUGGUGGAUUGUCAAAGAUCCUGGAAUGCAGCAGCUGGUGGUGAGUAACCCCCCACGGCCUGUCAGGCACGGCCACAUUGUGCAGCUGGUCCAUGGCAUCACAACUCGCUACCUCAACACGCAUGAUGUUGCUGCUCCUCUUAGCCCCCACUCCCAAGAAGUUUCCUGCUAUAUUGAUUAUAACAUCUCCAUGCCAGCACAGAACCUCUGGAGAGUGGAAAUUGUAAAUCGCGAGUCUGACACGGACGUGUGGAAGACAAUUCUGUCAGAAGUGAGGUUUGUUCACGUGAACACCUCUGCAGUGCUAAAGCUCAGUGGAGCAUCUCUGCCUGAGUGGGGAUACCGGCAGCUGGAGGUGGUUGGAGAGAAGCUGUCCAAAGGCUACCACCAGAGCAUGGUGUGGAAUGUGGAAGAGCACAGAUAUGGGAAAAGCCAGGAGCAAAAAGAGAGGGAAGUGGAACUCCACUCUCCCACACAGAUGGACAUCAGUAAAAACCUCAGCUUCAUGGCAAAGUUCACAGAAUUGCAGUGGAAAAUACUCACAUUAAAAAAUGAAGACACAGAACAUAAGUACAGCUCCUCUGCCCUGGACUGGAUCACAAUGGACACCAAUAUUGCCUACUGGCUCCACCCCACCUCAGGGGCCCAGAUCCACCUCCUUGGGAAUGUUGCCACCUGGGCUUCAGCUAACGCUGCUGCUCUGGUCUACCUGUGCCUGUCCCUGUGGUACUUGCUACGGCGAAGGAGGAAGAUCUACGACAUCCCUGAAGAUGCCUGGAAGAUCUGGAUGUCAGCAGGAGGCAUUUGUGGUGGAGGCUGGGCUGUGAAUUACCUGCCCUUCUUCCUGAUGGAGAAGACACUUUUCCUGUACCACUACCUGCCUGCUGUCACAUUCCAGAUUCUCCUGAUUCCUGUGGUACUGCAACAUCUCAGUGAUCAUCUCUGCAGAUCUGUGCUGCUCAAGAGCAUGUUCAGUGCCCUGAUGGUAGCCUGGUUCUCCUCGGUGUACUUCGUGCACUGCACCUUCAGCCCCGUGACCUACGGGCAGCCUGCGCUGUCCCUGCCGGAGCUCAAGGCCCUGCGCUGGAAGGACACCUGGAACAUCCUGAUCCGAAAGCAGUGACACUCCAGCCUGGCACAGCAAAGGGAAACGCCUCUUGUGCAAAGCCAAGAAUUUAUUGUUAGUAGCACGGAAAUUUAACAGUCGCUUCAGGUAUUUUGUAGUAGUCCAGAUCUAAUGAUUACAGGAGAAGAAAAUAAAGGAACACUAUUACAGAAGAGGUCUCAACAGAAAUAGAGCUGUUCUGAGCACA